UAGGUUUGUCUUUUAUUUUUUCAAAAAAAUAUGGUCACCUUAUGAGCAUGUAAGAUUCCUGAAAUCAGAGCAAGAGAGACGGGCUGACUAGGACCAAGCAGAUGACUCCGUAAACGGGGAUUUCAAUUCAGCUCUAGGAUUCCUAACUUUUGAUAUGGGAUGCAUCGUUUGCGGACGAGCAUCUUCAGCUCCAGUCCAAUGUUAAAAGUUUAUCCCCUUGUUGUUUUUUUCUGGAGUUAAGCUGCUAAAAGUACACAGGCCCGGUCCGGAAUCUUCCUCUGCCUCUUGGUGUAGGUAAACUGGCAAUCCUAGCUCCUCGCUAAAGGAACCCUAUGGCGAGGCUGCUGCCUUUCCAUCCCGACCCUGGGCUAAGCGUCCGUCCGUCGCAGCAGCCCUGGCCGAGGCCCAGGGAAAAGGUUCCUCCAGCCCCCGCGGAGCUUCCUGCUUCCCACAAGGUGCCGAACAAACCGCUUCUCUGCGGCAGGAACUGAGAGAGAUAGAGGAGAGGCCGGGAGGGAGGUGCUGCUUUUGCGGACGCCGUCACGCCGGGCCGAGGAAGCGAAACAGCGAGGCGCGGGCCACCCUCGGUGAAGACGCCUGGGAGCAGCACGCGCCCCGACCUGCUGCCCUUGGGACGCGGGGAGGAAGAGCGAGCGAGCGAGCGAGGAGUUGCCGCGUCCCUUCCCUCUGUCCUCUUUUCCCGCCCAGGCCGGGCUGGCGCCUGCCUUUUCCCUUCAGGGGGUGCCGCCGCCUCCUGGGACCCCCACCCCGAGAUGUGACCAUGGACUGCAGGAUCAAAGAAAAUCCGGAGACUACCUUUGAUUUGGUGAUACAAGUAAAAUGUCAGGCUUCUGAAAAUGAAGAUCCUGUGGUUUUGUGGAAGUUCCCGGAGGACUUUGGAGACCAGGCAAUCCUCCAGAGUAUGCCUAAAUUCUGCUUUCCUUUUGACAUUACGAGGGUAACACACGUUGGACAGCACUUUACUUUUGUGCUUACUGACAUUGAAAGCAAGCAAAGAUUUGGAUUUUGCCGUUUAACAUCGGGGGGCAAAGUGUGCCUAUGCAUUCUAAGCUAUUUGCCAUGGUUUGAGAUGUACUACAAACUUUUAAAUACAUUGGCAGAAUAUUUGGCUAAAGAACAGGAAGCUGACUUGAAUGAUUUAUUAGAAACAUGGUAUAGCCAUUCUGUGCCAGAGGCAAAUACUCCUAUCAGCUUAAAUUUGCAUUCAUACUUUAUAACUCCUGAUAUAACUGGAUUACCAACUGUUCCUGAAAGUAGAAAUCUUACUGAAUAUUUUGUUGCUGUGGAUGUGAAUAACAUGCUACAACUUUAUGCCAGCAUGUUGCAUGAGAGACGCAUCAUUAUUACCUCCAGCAAACUAAGCACUUUAACUGCUUGUGUCCAUGGGUCAGCUGCAUUGCUAUAUCCAAUGUACUGGCAGCACAUAUACAUCCCAGUGCUCCCACCACAUCUCCUGGACUAUUGCUGUGCACCAAUGCCUUAUCUGAUUGGAGUUCACUUCAGUUUAAUGGAGAGAGUCAAAUGUAAAUCACUGGAGGAUGUGGUGAUGCUAAAUGUUGACACAAAUACAUUGGAAACACCAUUUAAUGACCUGAGCAAUCUACCAAGUGAAGUGGUCUCGGCCUUGAAAAAUCAACUGAAGAAGCAGUCCACUGCUACUGGUGAUGGAGUAGCUAGGGCCUUCCUCAGAGCUCAGGUGGCCUUGUUUGGAUCCUACAGAGAUGCACUAAGAUACAAACCUGGAGAGCCUAUCAUUUUCUGUGAGGAAAGUUUUAUCAAGCAUCGUUCCAGUUCUACUAAACGAUUUCUGGAAACCGCAGUGAAUCUACAGCUUUUUAAACAGUUUAUUGAAGGUCGACUUGCAAAGCUAAAUGCAGGAAAAGUGUUCUCUGAUGUAUUUGAAGAAGAAAUCUCAUCAGGAAGUGCAGGAAAUUCGAGAACAUACCACCAGUGGAUGCAUACUGUGAAGAAAGGAGGAACCUUGAUCAACACAGCAAUGAACAAAGCUACUCCAGCUAUGAAAACAGCAUACCGAUAUGCAAAAAGUCAUGCAAAACAGGGAAUAAAGGAGGUGAAGAGUAAGUUGAAACACAAGGAAACACAAGAUGACUUUGGAAUUUGCAGCUCAGGUUUAGUGCAAUACGCUCCAUUUGGUACCUUUCAUAAUUCUCCAAGACAGAACACAGAAAAAAGACGACUUGCACAGAUUGCUUCUCCAUGCAACAGGGAAGAGAUCCCACACCAUGACAGCCCAAUUGAUCUUCACCUAAGAGAUUCUGAAAGGAAUUGUUCUAUUUCUGUAAGACGUGCCAGCCUCCUCAUAGCUAUUCUGGGCUGUUUGGUUGUGGGUGUGUAGAGGAGGGAGAGGGAGAAUAAGAAGGAAGAGCUUAACUGCAUUGCAAGUCAAAAUUAACAGAUGGAUUGCCCUAAGCAAGGGAAAAGCCACCACUACAAAAUCUAGUGAAAGGCAGAGGCUUUUUAUUAUUAAUCCUUAUUAAAAUCUUGACAUGUAUUUUACAGUUAACCCUUUCGUCCCUUCAUGGUUAAAUAAUAAUCCCUCUCCCCUCUGCAUUAAUUUAGAUUGAACACAAUACUUUAACAAAAAAAAAGCAAAGAGAAAGCAAAUUACAGAAUUUUUAGCAUGUCAGCAGUUUUCUCCCAUUUAUAUGUCGGUUUGCCCUAUCUUCCUUUUUAAAUUCAUACUGUAGGAAUGCCUUAGAUUGUGAGAAGCUUACUUCAGUUUGGGGUGAUUUUCUUUAAUAUACAUAGAUGCAUCAGCUGAGUGGGUCUUUUAAAAUGCGGGUCUGUUUCUACAGCAUUGCUUAAAAGUAAGGUUUUAAGGCAGAACAAAGGCAGGUGUAUAUUUGAGGAUCUGCUAGCUAUCACAGAUAUCUUUAGGAACAUCAUCUCAGCUAUGGCUGUGACCCAUUUUAAAUGAAGCAUUUCAUGUUUUAAAAAGAUACUGGCUUAUAAAGCUUUGUCACACAUUUGGUGGUAUCCUAUGUAACACCGCUAGGAGCAUACAGUAUGGUGAAGAAUUAGCAGUCCUUCCUUGUUUCUUGUGAAAUGUACGUUUAUGUAUGGUUUGUAAGUUGGGGUAUUCAGUAACUUGUAAGAAUUUUUUUUUAAAAAGCCUUUUGUACAAAAUACAGA